AUGCCUAUCACAGAGCUCGCACUCCUCCGUAUCUCCGCCGGCCUCUCUUACACAGAUCCCUGCCUCCUCGCGAACCUCGCAACCGCCAGGGCCGCGAUGGAGAAAUUUACUUCCUUCCCAUUCUACCUCUACCAAUGCAUCGAGGAUCCGGCGCUGAUCUACCUCAUUGGUAGCUGGUCCUCCCUAGCCCAGCACAUGGAGUCUUGGAUCCCGUCUUCAGAGAAUCAAGCAUUAUUGCAGCUGAUGAAGGAUCAGGUCGAAGUUGAAUGGAUGUUUCAUGUUGCCCUUGAUCCUACCACUCUACCCAUCAAUGCACCGCUUCUGGCCAUCGCUCGGCAUUUCGUGGCGAGGGACAACAAGAUCAAGUUUGAGGAAGUAUUCGAUGGUGUGAAGCACUAUCUUGAGCUUUGCGCAGGAAGUCAGGAGCUGGUGAAAGGUGGCUGGAAAAUCGAGAAGGAUGAUCAAAGGGUAAGAGAGGAGGAAUGGGUGUUGUUCAGUGGCUGGGAGAGUGUUGAAAAGCAUAUGGACUUUGCAGAGACAGAAGACUUCAAAGAAUAUGUUCGUAUCAUAGAUUGGAUGGAAGGUAGUGAGAUCAGAUACGCGACGAGAAUGACCCUUGUCUAG